CUAAGUCAACCGACCAACCUCUCACAACAAUUCACAACCGUGUGUGCCUCUCUUUCUCCCCAUCUGGGGCCAUGGCCGACCCCGAAAACGCCGGCUAUCGCUUGCUCUCUUUCGAAUACAAGCAGCCUGUCAAGGAGGCAGAGCCACUCGGACCUGUGGACAUAACCGACACCACACCCAAGAGUGCGACGACUACUCCUCCACCUGCAACCAAGGAAUUGCCCUCUCUAUCUUCCCUCAUGGCAUCUCUACAAGAGAUUGACGGUUCCAUCAAUCACGAACAAGAGACCAAGGUCAAAGCCACUGCAGAGGAGCCCACCGCUGCUUCUGCUGUUGUUGAGGAGGGCUCAGAUGACUCGGGCGUGGCCCCCCCAGCUGUCUCCCUGCUGACAGAGUUCCACCUUUUCGGAGACCUACCCACCGAGCUGAGGCUCAAGAUAUGGGACCUCACCUUCCUGCCCAGAGUUGUCGAACUGCGUCCGACGCGGCCCAACUACUCACCAAGCCACGACGAUGGCCGACGCCCACAGUGGCAGUCCGGUUGCUCCAACCCAGCUGCCCUGUCCGUAUGCGCCGAGGCGCGCGCCAUGGCCCUGGAACACUUCCGCACCGCCUUCCCCCUAGCCUGCAUCACCUCCACCCCAGCCCAGUCGCCAGACCCUCUGAACCCCUACCUGCGGUACUCCGCAGGCGGCGACACGGGCCACUACAGCUUCACCGGCCCCAGCGCAGACGGGCGGGCACGCCUCCUGCGGCGCACGCUGUAUGUCUCCCCUGACGAGGACACCGUGUGUCUCCUGGGCCAGGACUCGGACUUUGCGCGCCUGUCACAUGUCAUGCGCUUGUUCCAGGAGGCGGACCCAAAAGGGUUGGGCAUCGCGCGCCUGGGGCUGAGUGUGCGGGGCUGGGGCUACGGGGGGUCGGCGGUCAUGAUGAAGGGGCUGGGGCGGACGAUCCUGCGGGACCUGGAGCAGCUUGUGCUGUUCAUGUACGGCGAGCACAAGCCGCCGCCCGAGUGGAGGGAAAGGGGGGCUGCUUUGGGUGGUGAGCAGCUCGAGGCGUUCAGGAGGACGGGCAACUGCUGCGAGCUGGUUCCCUGCGAGGGGAGCAGCGCGUGGCUGGCGUAUAAGGUCUGGUCGGGCGGCAAGGGCAGGCAGUUUUGGGACGAUGACGGGAACAUCUUGCGGGUGGGGAGGAAUGAGAUUAGGAUUAUGGAUUUGGAGUUCAAGGAUGGAUGGUGAUGAGAAUGAAUGAUGGCAAUGCAUUGUUUGGUCAAUCCUAUUUUGUUUAAUUUCAUUUGAUACGUAUUUAUGUAGCAAAAAGCGUCAGAUAGCAUGAUUCCACAGCGUCGCAAGCACGGUCACUUCAUCCUUC